AUGAAACAGAGUCUGUGCACACUCACCCUUUUAUUGACUCUGGUCAUGGAGCUAAGCCGGGCAGGAGUGGGCAACAGCAUGCACAGAGAUGCAGGGACUGGGGUGCUGAGUCAGGAGCAGUGGGAGAGAGAGGUGAGGUCAGCGUCCAGUCUAGAUGAGCUACUGAGGCUGACAGACUUCCCAGACUGGAAGUUAUGGAAGUGUCGUCUGAAACUGCAGCAACCAGAGACCCAACCAGAAUUCCACUCUUCAUCCUCCUCCCCCUCCUCAUCCUCCUCCUCAUCCUUCUCUUCCUCUUCAGCAGGAUCUCAUCGGUCGACACGCUAUGCGGCUGACUCGUACAGUCUGGAAAUACUUAAAGCCAUCGAUGAGGAGUGGCAGCGCACCCAGUGCAUGCCAAGGGAAACAUGUGUGGAUGUGGCCAAGGAAUUAGGCACCGAGCCUUCCAUGUUCUUCAAGCCACCUUGUGUUUCCGUCUACAGGUGCAAUGGCUGCUGCAAUAAAGAGGGGGUCACCUGCAGAAACACAACCACCACAUAUGUCAAUAAAACUCUUUUAAGUGUUAUCCCAUUCAAGUUUGGGCCUGAGCCUGUGCUGAUAAAAGUAGCAAAUCAUACAGAGUGCAAGUGCAUGGAGCCUGCCAUAAUAAGGCGAAACGCCCGACCUCACAAAAGGAGUGGUUGCUCUCCCAUGCGCCAGCUCUCAGAGGCAAAGGACUCACGGAGACUUUGUGCCAGUGGGCUGAUCUGGGACUGUAUUGACCACAGAUGUAUACCUUACCCCUCUAAUAAACCAGAGUUUUCACCUAAUUCGUGGAUGCCUGAUUGUAAGAUAGAUGUGGAGCACUGUGACUGUCUUCCUAGACUCCAGCCGUCACACAAGCCAAGACCUAUGCACCCCUGUCACCUCAACUCUACCAUCUGUGCCUCUAAGAGGCGACACUUUGACCACCGCUCCUGCAGAUGCAAGUGACAAAAAAUCAAUACACUGCCUGACCAACAUGCAACGAUCUGCUCACCAGAGAAGUUUGGAGGCGGAGACAAAAGGCUCAUAAUUUAUUUACAAAAUUAUUUAUACCAAUCACUGUAACAAUUUAAGUACUUUGUUUAUUUUUUCCCUGAGAGGAUGUUUACUCACUUGACCAUGUUAAUAUUUUUAACAUGCUUAUCUUAUGUUUAAAUCAACAUGUAUAGUUUUUGAUUUGUACAUUUGUCUUUUG